AAGGAGGGGGUGCCUUCAGGUGUCCGCGACCUCGGCGCCUCCCGCCCGGAAGUGCCCGAGGGUCCGCUAUGGAGGUGGCGGAGCCGGGCGAAACUUUCAUGAUGGAGGAGUAGAUAAGCUUUGGGGUGAAAUAGACGAAGGAGAAGGUAAACUUUGAGAUAGUAGAUGGAAGAUUAGGUAAGCUUUGGGGUGAAGUUUGCUAAGGGUUGAAUUUAGGGGAGAGGUUGCUUAGGAGAUCAAGGCCCUUACAUCGAGAUAGUGUUUGAAUGAAUUGGGGAGAUGGUUAAAGACCUAGAACUCAGGUUACAAAAAGUUAGGACUUGGGAUUUGGUUAUGGGAAGGGGCACUGGACGGAAGUUUGGGACAACCAGGUUUCAGAACAGUAUGUGCCCUAGGGUGGAGCGUGAGUGAGGGGGCAGAGGAAUCAGGACUGGGAGGGUUUGGUCGGGUGGGGUCAGGAGCCCGUUGGAGUUCAGGGGGCUGUUGGCCAGUGAGCCAGGCCCUCAUGGGUUCUUUGUGCCUCUCCAGCUCAGUAAGGUGGCAGGCAAGGCAGGUGCCAUGGCCUUGAUUGAAGGGGUGGGUGAUGAGGUGACCAUCCUUUUCGCGGUGCUUGCCUGCCUUCUGGUGCUGGCUCUCGCCUGGGUCUCAACACACACCGCGGAGGGUGCCGACCCACUGCCCCAGCCAUCAGGGACUCCAACACCAGCACAGCCCAGGGAAGCCAUGGCGGUCACCGGCAGCAUCAGAGGGGAGGCCCCAGGAGCCGAGACCCCCAGCUUGAGACACAGAGGUCAGGCUGCAGAGCCAGAGCCUGGCAUGGGGCUCUCAGCAACGUCACCAUCGCCAGACUCCCCCCAGGAGCCCCUAGUGCUGCGGCUGAAAUUCCUCAACGAUUCGGAGCAGGUGGCCAGGGCCUGGCCCCACGAUACCAUUGGCUCCCUGAAAAGGACCCAGUUUCCCGGCCGGGAACAGCAGGUGCGGCUCAUCUACCAAGGGCAGCUGCUAGGAGACGACACCCAGACCCUGGGCAGCCUUCACCUCCCGCCCAACUGCGUCCUCCACUGCCACGUGUCCACGCGCGCCGGGCCCCCACCCCCCCCUUGCCCGCCGGGGUCGGAGCCAGGCCCCUCCGGGCUGGAAGUGGGCGGCCUGCUGCUGCCCCUGCUGCUGCUGCUGCUGCUGCUGCUCUGGUACUGCCAGAUCCAGUACCGGCCCUUCUUCCCCCUGACGGCCACUCUGGGUCUGGCCGGCUUCACCCUGCUCCUCAGCCUGCUGGCCUUUGCCAUGUACCGCCCGUAGUGCCUCCGCGGGCCCUCGGAGGCGUUGCCGGCCCCUCUGGACCUCGCUCCCCACGACACAGUGGGCGUUGUUGUCUGCCCAGGCCCCCCUCUCCGGCCUGCCUAUUCCCGCUGGCCUGGAGCCCGGCCCUGCGCAGCAGGGCGCUCCGCGAGUCGGCCGACGCCCCUCCCUGUGACCGCCGGGGCUCUGGGCCAUGUCCCCGGGCUGCUGGCCCUCAGCCCCCACUGACAGUCGGCUCCUCGGGGUCAGGCAGCUGCUGUCACUGCCUCGGCCCUGGGCAGAGCCGGGCCACACCCCUGGGCCCCUCUGAGUAUCCCGCCUGAGGACGCAGCCACCUCUAGUCCCUAAUAGCUCCUGGGGCUGAUUUGAGGACCUAAGGACUGCGGGGCGCUGGGGAAGGGGAGCUGGGAGGGGCAGAGGAAUUGUGUGGAACACGUGCAGAUUAAAUAACUGUGAA